AUGAGCAAGACGCAGCCUUCCUCCUCCUCGUUUCCGCUCCCCACCCUCCACGAUGUGAUUAUCAUCGGCGCCGGACCCUGCGGCCUCGCCGUCGCCGCGAGACUAAACGAACCAACCCCCUCCGCCAUGUUCACCGACGAAGAACACCAACGGUACCACUGGAUCAACAAGCAUAGCGGACGGAUGACACUCGUGCAGGCACACGGGAAGAAACUCAAUGCCGUCAAGGCGGAGAAGUGGCAGAGCUACGACAAGCGGCAGCAUCAGCGGCAGGGCCGGGGCAGAAGUCCUUCAUCUACAGCCUCAGAUAGCUCCGAGGGGACAUGGCUCUCCUCUCCGCCGUCGUUGUCUUCGAGUCCGUCGUCGGUGGACGAUAGGCAGGGAACGCAGAUGCAGGCGAUGGGUAGGAAGGGAGGGAUCUCAAUGCUGGUGCUGGAUGGAACUGCUGGGGGGUGGAUGGAGCGGUGGCACCGGGCGUUCAGGGCGCUUGAGAUUGCGCAGCUGCGUAGUCCGAUGUUCUUCCAUGUGGAUCCUGCGGACAGGGAUGGCAUGCUGGCGUAUACGCAGGAGACGGGGCGGGAGAAGGAUCUGUGGGAGAUUCCGGGGUGUGUGGGGAAGGAGGUGAGCAAGCAUAAGAAGAAGAAGAGGCUGCGGGGGAAGCCUGUGGCGAUUGGCGAGGUGGAGAUCGAUGAACGAGACCGGAAGGAUUACUUCUCACCGUCGACGGGGCUGUUUGCGGACUACUGUGCCAGUAUCAUUGAGCGGUAUGGGCUGGAUGCACCUGGUCUGGUUCUCCAGAAUGAGGUCGAUGAUAUUUGUUAUGGCUUUCAUGAGCAUAUCUCGCCUGCCGAGAAGAUCUUUACAGUGACAGCCAACGACGGGAGGCAGUUUUACAGUCGAGCUGCGGUGCUGGCUAUCGGGCCGGGUAAAACGAAAAUCUUCCCGUUUGAAAUGUCUGCCGAGGAGAAGAUGGGUGCUUGUCAUAGCAGCGAGAUCCAGACGUUUCCUAGUCCUAACGUGAAAAGCAAAAUACAGCAGAGACAGGAGACGAAUGUUGUCGUCGUCGGUGGAGGGUUGUCGUCUGCACAAAUUGUCGACAUGGCUGUUCGAAAGGGAGUGACCAAGGUGUGGUUUCUCAUGCGGUCAGAUCUCAAGGAACGUCUCGAGAUGAUCAAAAUCGCCCGUAACGGCGGCAGCAUAACGCCCCGCUACCAGAAAAUCGUCAAGCACCACGCAGCCCGCAACCGAGUAUCUAUCCACACGCGCACCGUCAUCCGCAGCAAGGAGUUCUGCCCCUCGUCGCAGACAUGGCGUCUCACCACAGACCCUCCCAUUCCGGACCUCCCCCCAAUCGACUACAUCUACUGCGCAACAGGCAUGAAGUGCGACGUCCGGGAGCUGCCGCUCUUAAAUCAAAUGCACCGCGACUACCCUAUUGAGACUAAGCAAGGGCUCCCGUGCAUCACAGACGAUCUCAUGUGGCGGACUGAUGUGCCUCUGUUCGUGACAGGAAGGCUGGCUUCGCUGCGUAUCGGCCCUGGGGCGCCGAACCUUGAAGGAGCACGACUGGGGGCCGAGAGGAUUGCGUGGGCCAUGGAGGAAGUGCUAGGCAGGAAAGAGGCGGAGGACGAUGAGGUGGGACGGUCCAGGGAGUGUUUUUGUGGGCUGGGGAACCGCUAUGCUGAGUUGUUGAACGAGGGAGAAUUCGAUUGGGAGGAAUAG